UCGUCGGUUUUGCCAACCAAACGUGCUUCAUUUUCCAUCAACUUACGCUUCGAACCGUUUUCAAAUAUUUUCCGAUUCUGGAUUCAGGAUUCGGGAGGGCUUGCCAGUGGAAAUCCGCAGAGAAUGCAACAGUAUUGAUAUACUGCAUCGAAGGGCUAAGAAAAGCCUGGCAGAGCGAUAAUAGCCACUAGACGGAACCUGGCUCGCCUUUUUUGUGUGUGGAUGUAACGGAAUUCAGUGGAAAAGCAUUGGAGAAAGCGACGUGCCAGCACAUCGAUUCGAUACUGGGCAGAGAAAAGGAACAGAAGAAGGCUCAUUCGAGGACUGUUGAAUUAGUUAGAAGCGAAGCAACAAAUACAAACAAACGUGCCAUUCAACAACCUCUCGACGUCGCCUUAUCGAUUUUCCGUUACAUCGUUAUACACACACACUAACCCAGUUGGCACACAUAGCCAUUACGCAUACGCCCCAUAGCCACCCCAAAAAAAACAAAGAGAGCGUGCGGCAGUUCGACUCCGACUCCAGCUGCUCCACAUAAUCAAAAGAGAGAAGGAGAGCCUGGCGGAUUUGUUGCAUCUCGGAGGCACUGGAGGCAUGUUUCAUUUGGCACUCGCCAGCCGCGGACGGACAAACCAUUUAGGGCUACGGCAAUAGCCAUUGUAGAUAGCAUUCAUCAACAUCGGUAAUCUCGACCAGUCACAACUUUAACUCUUCGCUUACAUCUCGGGAUAUUCCAUAUCCUUCACUCACACAGUCCACCUACCCAAACGAAAUCGCAAACCACCAGCAGGUGUUCAGCAUGGCCAGACUUCAGCUGCAAUUGGGACACACGGUGGCGGUGGCUGUGGUGCUACUGCUGCAGGUGCUGAUGAUGGGCCAGGUGAGCGGUCAGGGACCGCCGCAGCCUCAGGUUUGCCCGGAGCAGAACGAGAUAGCGCCCUGUGUCUGCACGGUGAAAAAGAAUGGUCUGGAUAUCAUGUGCGAGACCACCGAUCUGGCGCACAUCACCAAGUCGAUGGGCACACUAAAGGGCAAGAGUCCCAUCAUCUUCUACCUAAAGCUGCGACACAAUAAUCUACCCAAGCUGCAGGGCUUCGUCUUCCUCGCCCUGGACAUUCGUCAUCUGACCAUUCACAACAGCAGCCUGGCCACCAUCGAGGAGAAUGCUCUUAGCUCGCUUGGCACGGGACUGACUCAGCUAGAUGUGUCUCUGAACCAAAUGAAAGUUGUACCAUCGCAGGCACUGAAGCAUCUGUUCCACCUGUUGAUCCUCAAUCUGAAUCACAACAAAAUCACCUCGAUCCACGACAAUGCCUUUUCUGGAAUGGAGACCCUAGAGAUCCUGACGCUCUACGAAAACAAGAUCACACAGAUCGAACCCGAUGCUUUCCGGGGACUCGAGGACAAAAUAAAGCGGCUUAAUCUGGGUGGCAACGAUCUGACCACUAUUCCGCACAAAGCUCUUUCCAUUCUGUCCACCCUGAAAAAACUGGAGAUCCAAGAGAACAAGAUCCGCUCCAUCAGCGCAGGCGAUUUCGAAGGUCUGCAGAGCUUGGACUCAUUGAUAUUGGCCCACAACAUGAUCACCACCGUGCCUGCCAAUGUCUUUAGCCACCUCAACCAGCUGAACUCCUUGGAGCUUGAGGGCAAUAAGAUCAGUGCUGUUGACAAGGAUGCCUUCAAGGGGCUGGAGGAGAACCUCCAGUAUCUGCGCCUGGGGGACAACCAAAUCCACACUAUUCCGAGUGAAGCACUGCGUCCAUUGCAUCGCCUUCGCCACUUGGACUUGCGCAAUAACAAUAUCAAUGUUCUGCCCGAAGAUGCCUUCACCGGAUUCGGAGAUUCACUUACUUUCCUCAAUCUCCAAAAGAACGACAUCAAGGUUCUGCCCAGUCUUCUGUUCGAGAAUCUGAACUCGCUGGAGACGCUGAACCUGCAAAACAACAAGCUACAGCGCAUUCCGCAGGACAUAAUGGAGCCGGUGAUUGAUACCCUCCGCAUCAUCGAUAUCACCGAUAACCCGCUGAACUGCUCAUGCGAGCUGACCUGGUUCCCCAAAUUGCUGGAGGACCUAAAGAACAAGGACGACGAAAUGUCGCAGAAGAAGAAGCCGAUGUGCCACAUGUCGCUGGACAACCGCGAGUACUUCGUGCAGGCCAUGCCCACCGAGAAGAUGCACUGCGCCGGCCUCAAUGUGAGUCCCUCGCCCACCAGCGGCGGUCUGAUGCGGAUCCUGCAAGUGAACAUCCUGGCCCAGAUUGCCGUGUGUAGCGUGGCCUUUCUGACUAGCGUCUAAAGCCGCAUCUGUCCAGCUAGACGCGAUGUUCUAUGUGGGUCAGUUUCAGCUUCAGUUUCAGUUCCAACCCCCAGACCUAGCCUCAGACUCGGUUCAUCAGUGAUCAGUGAUAGAAAGUAGAAGUGCGGUCAUCCCCCCAAUUCGUUCCAUUUGAUUUGAUUCGGUUUUCAAGAUAUCAAGAUAAAGACCCAAAAAGCAGCAAAAAGCUAACCCAGACCCAAGAUCACAGACCAUUCGUAUGUCUACGUCUGCAAAACCAUUUCUGUGUUGUUGUACUGUAUGUUUUCUUAUAGAUUAUAGAGAAUCCGUGAAUUAUGCAACUCUGCCAAUAAUUAGACUCAGAAAGCACGCUUUUCGAACCAUCAGCAAGUCAGCAGCGCAGCAAGAUUAUGUCUCCCAAGCCACCUUGUUAAACUGACGCACCUGCAGCGGCAACACCAACAUCCAAUCCAAACUCCACUUCAAUCCAAUCCACUCCACUGCAGACUGCAGACUUGCACAGUAGCUCGACUCGAAGGGAUAUGUGCUGAUCGAGAUGGGUCAGCAUUGUGGAGAUAUUUAAUUGUUAACGGACAUUAGCUUAGAUGUAAGGCUUGAUUUAGGCACCAGUGCACCUGCAGAGGUAAACCAAAAUGAAACUCAAACAUAUCAACCGAAAAUUGUUACGUUUAAGCGAGGAUCUUUGUUGUUAUGCGCGUUAAUCUACGGAUACGGGAUACCCAUUUAUUAUGUGUAGUCUAUCGUCGUCUUGUCGUCGGUGUUGUGAGAUACAAUCAUUACUAAAGCGUUUCGUAGCCCCCUCACCUGUUUCCACACCUUCCUUCUGCACCCAACCCAUCUAAUCCAGCCGAAAUUCUUCGCGUUCAAUGUAAUCCCAUUCUUAUUAUAUACAAAUCAACAAUGAAACAUUCUGGCUCCGCACUUUGGGUGCCAGAGGCAAGGCGAAACGGAGGGAAAACACAAGAGAAAUUAAGAAAAUUCAUUUGCAUCAAUCACCAAGAACUGAUUAUGGAAUAAGUAGUUUGUACUCUUUAUUGCCAUGAACAAGGGGCAAGUACUCACCCAAUACCAAUACCAAUCCCAAGCCCAAUCCCAGUCCCAUUAACCGAACAAAUCGGGAAUAUAUAUCGUUAUAUUGUUAUAUUAUAUCGUGACAUAUCAAGAGCUCCCAGUAGUAAAACACUCGGAAGGCUCGACACUGCUAAGAUAGUGACAUUUUAUAGAAUUUACUUACAUUUUUGAGGCAUCUGGAAAGUUUGAUAUUUACGAGGGAAAAGAGAAUUAAGCAAUUGUAUGUAUAUGCAGAGAGGAAUUUUUGAAAUUUUUUAUACAUAUACUUUUAUACACACAUACAUACGUACCUUUUCAAUUAUGUCUAUGCAAAACUGAGUUAUAAUUCGAUUAGCUAUUAACACUAACACCCUGAUUUGACCGCUAUCGCUACCGUUCCUAUCGCCCAACCAACCGGCGGCUUGGGUCAGUAGCCACCCAUUGGUGGGCGGUGGUGCAACGGUAGCGGUUGCGGCAAUCGGAAAUAUUUUCAAGAGAAUACGCCGCACCACCGAUUCGGGUCAGUUUCCUUUGGCUAGAGCUGUUCUUUUCAAAAUAUUACUAACAAUGAACCCCAUCGAAAGCUGGGCUUGCAUAAUGCUCUCCAUGUGAGCACUAGUUCCCCCCACGGGAACAAUCUGAGAAUCUAACUAAUAAAGAAUCCAUGUUGGUUACAAAUGCAA